CUGAAUGUCAAAACAAGACUAUGAUUGGCCAGCUUGCUGCCGGAAACUCCCUCGGUGACUAUAAAAGGCAGAGUUUGCUGCGCAGAAGGUUACUUUGAAGAAGAGCAGUCGGGCGGCCACUUGUCCUCGCACCAUCUCGUGACACGUCAUAAAGCCGGGAUUACCUGCACCCCCUCGCCACGUGCCCCCACACCCAUCACUCCUGUCCGCCAUGUCGAACGGCUCGGCGCCCCGUGCCAGCACCGACACACUGCCGGAGAUCGACGCUGCCGUCACUUUCCUCGCCAGUCUCCUGAGGGGUCGAGUCAGCGAGCAGCGGAUCCAUGUGUUCCGGAUGGCCCUGAGAUGCACACUCAUAGAACACUAUGCACAUCAUUGGUUUCCAGAUAAGCCUGCCAAAGGUUCUGGCUACCGCUGCAUCCGGAUAAAUCAUAGGAUGGAUCCAGUUAUAAGCAACGUGGCCGUUCGUAUCAACAUGAGCAACCAGCAGCUGCUCGGCUUACUGCCUAAAGAGCUCACCCUCUGGGUGGACCCAUAUGAGGUCUCCUACCGAAUUGGUGAAGAUGGCUCCAUAUGUGUGCUUUAUGAAGCUCCUGUUCCAACUGUUCGGGGGCCCUUAAGCUGUAAGAGUGAACUGCUGAGCAGUUCCAAAGCUCCCAAUCGAUACCUAAUAACUGUUGGCAGCUAGCCUCGCCUUGGGAACUCCCCAUUUGCUGCUUGUGUAUGUUGUAAAUACCUCGCUCUGGGAGCCAUGUUUUCUAAUGAAGAUAUAUUUAUAUUUUUAAAGAUUUUUUUUUUUUUAGGAUAGAACAUAUGAAACUUUUUUGAUGCCUAUUUUUAAAUUCUCACUUUGAGAAACACUAAUGCACUAGUGCAGCAUGUACAGCCCCUACCAGUUCUACAGUAGCAGAAUGAAGGCAGCUAUAACUGUUUAAUAUAGAUGGGUAACAUGGAGGAGUAUGUUUUUUUUUUUUUUUUUUUUUUUUUGUUUUCUUUUAUUGAAAAUCACUGAUUUUAAGAAACACCUCACUGGCGUAUCGUAAAGAAUAAGAAUGCUUUGAAUUCAGCUAUCUUUAAAAUGGUAACUUUGUGCACCAAUGUAUGGAGAUUUUGUUAGCGAGAAAACAUGGGCAACCUUUGGCUAACACACGUUGAGCUCCAACUCCUUGGAUUCCCUGCCAUCUACUUAUUUAUGGAACACAGGUUAGUGGAGAUUUUGGAGUUGGAGUUGCAACAAAACAAUUGGAUUGCCACAGGUUGCCCAUGUGGGUUCUAAACAUAAUUAAAUAAAAAAUAAUAAAAUAUAUAUAUAUAUUACACACACACACACGCUCUUUGGCAUGAGGACAACUUAAAUGUAAUUCUUCCCCCUCUGUGGUAGUUGUCUGUAAAACAGGCUAUAUUAUCACAUUUUAACCUAAACCAGAUUUUCUGCAACCUUGCACUUUAUUCCUAGUUAAAAUAAAAAAAAAAAUAACACAGAAAACCAAACGAAAAAUAAAAAUGUUAAAAAAAAAUUGUGUAUUGUUUAAAUUCCCUGUUUUAGCUGCUCUGUGCUUGAGACGCUUGAUGUGUGUUGUAGAGCAACACCAACUGUGGAUCAGAAUUUUUCAGGUCUCUUCAGCACAGACAGAUGAAAGGGACAAAAGCACUUAAAUUGCAACCAUUUUUGUGAAUGCCAUCUUGAAUUGAUGUAGCUUUUUUUUUUUUUAACUUUUAAAAGGUAUUUGGCAUGCAAAUACUUCAGGAUUUCCCUGCAGGGAUGCAGUGAGACUUAAAUUAAAGCUGGACUUUAAACAUAAGUAAGAUUAGAUAAAGGGCCAAUGUAUUUUUACUGCCUUUGCUCUUAUUGAAUGUUAAAUAUUGCACAUUGAGCAUUUGUUUCCAGACAUGUUAGAUUUUAAGAGACUUUAAAAAUCCUUUUCGAAAGUUGUAGAAUACGAUUACAUUUCCAACACUUUGUUGUACCAUGGGUACAAGAUACCUGUGCCAGAAUGACUGAUAGAAAUCAAAUGUCUGCUUUAUCAUUGCCUUUUUUUCUUACUGACCUUUUCCAUUGUCAUAUGUAUGAGGGGGUAGUUUUACUUUCUAAAGAGAAUUAAUUCUUCUAACAUAAGUCUGAAUAAUGACCUAAAUCUUUUGAAUACUGGUGGUAGUGAGUAUCUAUUCAGAAGGCUCUUACUCUCAGCUGCUAGUAUUAAAAAGAGUUUUAAGCACAUAUUAUUUUUAUUUUUUUAAUGUAGUUAUGCUUGCUCCAAUGUUUCUGUACUUUGGAUCACUGUUUGCACAUAUAUAACUUGCCACCCUCUACACUAGUGGUUCUUUACCUCCUUUUAAUGAGAUCCAGUGUAUGUACUUUGAUAUUAGUUUUAUUAUUGUAAAAAAUUUAACAAUACAGUAAAUUGUAUAUUUGCUUCCAGUUUUGACCAAAUCAGAAGAAAUCACUUUUUCGGCCUAACAGGGGUUAAGAACCACAGUUAUUAAUUUAAAACUGCCUGAAUUUUUUUGUUUCUUUUUUAACAUAUUCCCUGAGGGAUAUGGCAAGUGGCGGGUUUAUUUAUUUUAUUUUUUUUUUCUUUCAACAAUUUUGUACUCUCUGCCUUGUGAAUAAAACCUGUAGAAAGUGCCUUCCAGGUGCCUGUCUGAGCCAUACACAAAUUUAACACGCACACAAUACAUGGAACAUGGGUGCCAUGUAUAUUUCCACAAAUCUUUGUUACCAUUCUGCCAAAUUUGAAACAAGUUUACAUACUAUAUACCAACAGAAGACUAUUCAUAAAAAAGUGUUAUGUACUGUAAUAGGUGCUGUACUGUUGUUACUUUGUAAUAAAAAGAAAUUAUCUUA